CAAGCAACGUCGAAUACGUGCGUUCCAUAACUAGUCUAGUCGUCAAUCGCAAUCAUAACAUUAUUAAACAAGAACAUUUCAAUCCACUCAUCGAAUAACGACCACGGGACAUAUUUAAUUUUAAAUAUAACAAAAACUCGUUGAAAAGUCACAUCAGUGACAAGGUGAAACAGGCAAAAAAUAGACACUCAUCGUCGAGACGACAGUAACAUGGAGCCUCCACGACAAAGCCCCGUCAACGGAACCCCGUCGAACGGUAACCAAUUGUUUUUAUUGCAUUAUUCGUAAUAUUUCGUCGAUAUAAAUUUAAUAUGUUCAAGCCUAUAUACGGACGAUAGAAUAUUUUGAUAGUGCUCAAAUUAGAAAAAGAAAAAAAAGAAAUGGAUAUUUAAAAAUCUUUUAACAUAACAUUUUUGAACAUUAUUCAAUGAUUAAUAAUUUACGGGAAAAAUAUCCUGCUUCAUGAACUACCGAAGGCUAAGAUUUAUUUUAAAUUCUAUUAUAGAUUUACUAUAAUACCAUAAAGUGUGUUUUAGAUACGGAGCGUAGCGAGGAAUGUAUUAGAUUUACAAUGAUAUUUAUUUUUUUGCUAUGAACAACUUUUAUAUCUGAAAUCUUGCUCUGGGUUUUCAAGUGUACCUUUUUGAAAAAAACUUUUAUUUGCGUGGUACUUUAGGGAGGUAAUUUUUUGAUUUUCUAAGCGGUUUUUUUUUUUUAAUAACGGAGAAAAGAUGAUAAAAAAGUCUAGAAAACUGGUUUCUGUUAUAUUUGAUUUUUUUUUUUUUUAAAUUAUAAAUCAGUAAAAAAUAAUCGUAAGGGCCGGACAUUUAACCAAUACUUAUAUAUACACAGCUCUUUAGAGACAUAUGGUGCAAUUUUCAAAACAUUACCAAAAUUUUUCCGUUAUUAAUAGACAUUUGAAAUAUUCGAUUUUUUAUUUAGGUUUCUGGUCAAACGAAAAUGCUUGAAAAAUUAAAACAAUGUUUAUCAUAAGUUGCAAUUGGUAGUAAAAAAAAAGUUAAGCUUAAUGCAGUAAUUUUUUUUAUAAGCAUUUAAAUUUCAAAUUUUAAUGGAAAUUCAAAAAUAUGUACCGUCCCAUGCAUUCCAAUUGAAAUAAAUAGUAAUGGCACGCUAAAUAAGUCUGAAAAAUUAGUUGAGAUACGGGUGCAAAUGGAGAAUAAAGCUCUCCAAAAAUUAAUUACAUAUUGAAAGUUUCGUUCUCCGUGAAUUAAUUUAUGACUAUAAUAUACAGGAUGUAACAGGACUAUUUGACAUUUUUACGUGUAACUACAGUGUAAAAAAUGUCAAAUUGUUCUGUUACACCUUUUAUAUAUAUAUAGUUUUUUUUUUACUUAUAAAACCAAUUUUUUUCGAUAAAUUCGAAGGGUUAAGUUUUAAAAUACGUUCGUAAUUUUCUUCAAAAUAAAUAUAAAUUAAUUAAUGUCAGUAAACACUGUGUUUAUAAACACAGUUGUUUAUAAUCAAUAUUUCGUACAAAUUAUAAAUAUGAUAUAAUAAUAAUAUUAUAUGAAUAUUCCACUGAAGUUAAUUCAAUAAGAAAUUACAUGGAACACGAUACGUGAUGUUUUUAUUUGGUACUGCACUAUUUAUUUUUUAAAUCUAUUGAUUUUACUUUGAUGUGUGGUUGUCUGUAAACAACUUUGUUAAGUUUAUAACGUAACCGGUUCAAUUAUUUGCCCCAGUUAACCUUCCGAAUGCGCAAAGUCUUUUUCUUAUAUGGUCUUCUACACUCGUUUAUGUAGUUUGCAUGCGUUGUUUUAAAUCGUAAAAUUACGAUUUUGAUAAUUUCUUUUAACCUAAUAAUCGACCAUAACCUAUAUAAUUUUUAAUUAUAAAAAAACAAACAUUAGUUGUAUGGACCCGCUAUGGACUCACUGCAAUUAUCUUAUCUUCAUUAACUUUUACUAGCCUUUAUUCAUUCAUUACUUGCGUAAAACUCGAUGUGAGUAUAUGUAGUUUAAAACCGAUGUUGAUAGUAGAUACCUACCAUAAACUUGCAAAUUAACGUAAUCGUAGAUGUAUCUCGACUUUCAACGUGAUCAUUAAAAUAAUAUCGCAUUUCCUAUUUUACGAGACCCGUCAAGCAUAGAAACAACAACGUAAACAUAAGGUAUAGGUAUAACCUUAAACAUUAUUCUCAAUCGUAUUAGUCUUCAAUUAAUGACGAGAAUUGCGGCGUAGUAGUGUUUCAGCCUCUUGGUAUUACCCAGAAGAUACCACCAGGAUAACCGCGAGGUCUUUCAAAAAUUUGGUUUUUUUUUUUUUUUUAAUGAAAUGUUUUGUUGAAAUACAAUAUAAAUACAGUAGAAACUAUGUAUAAAGGCAUUCAAGGGACUAGUUAAAAUUAGUCAUUAUGACCAAAUAUAAUAUAGUAUUACAGUCAAUAUGUCAUAUUUUUAUCACUGAAUAAUGACUUGUAUACAUACAGAAAAAAAUAAAAUAAAAAAAGUUAUUUUAUUAUUUUAAAAUUAAAUUUGCAUUGUAUUAAAAAAAAAAUCUGUUAUAGUAAUUUGUAUAAAAACCACGCAACAUUUUUUUUUUCAAUUUCUUUAAAAUGUGUUUAUUUUACUUUAUUCGCCUUAUUUUGUUCAGAUAUAGUUUGAUAAAAUGUAUUCAACUGCAUUCAACACCGAAUUGAUGAAUAAAUCUUCACCGGGAACAUCGUUUUAUAGCGCCACAUUUUAGAGUUUAUAUUAUUCUUCAGAAAAUGUCGAUGUAACAACUUUUUAUUUUCAUAAAAUUCGUGAUUUUCAAAGUUCGUUAGAAAAAAGUGUACAGUCAAUCAGCCAUAAUAAUAAUAAUCAACUACAGCCUGUUGCAUAAUAAUCAUAGGUAGUUUUCUCUGGUACACCUGUACCUAAUAAUAUACAAUUGCAUUACAAACUAAAAGUAAUAUUUGCAUAUUAAUAUCAAUGAAAAAUUGAUCGAAUAGUCGCAAAUCAAAACCUGUAUAUUACGCAGCAGAAUAAGAUUACAAUAGGUAUUAUUAUUAUUGAAAUUCGUCUUAAAUUAUGAUAAACGUAUAAAAUAUAUUAUAGGUAACCCUAUAUCCCUAUUAAAUGUAGAUACCAAUACCUAUAUUAUUAAUUCAGCGGUGAAAGUAAAUUUAAUUUUCGUUUAUUUUCGAAACGUAUAUAAUAAUGUACAUAUACGCAUAUACACACACAUAUAUGUCUAUAUAAGCGGUCCUUUUUGGAAAAAGGUUGCGGGACCCCGGAGGAUUGGGUCCAAAAGCUGUUAGAUAGAUCGCCAAUCGUAUAAGACGGAAGUGUAUAUACUCGUUUAAGACCACUCGUAUAGUCCACUUUAUAUAUACAGUUUCGUUCCCCUCGAGGCACGUCCCUCGGGACUCGGUCUUUUAAUUUUCAAACGGAAACGGUCCCUGUCCUGCAAAUGUAUCAAUAUAUAUAUAUACAUACAUACAUUCGUACUUACGAGCAUAGUUCGAAUACGAUAUUAUAGCUCUGGUGCAAAAAUGUUCGAAAUUCACUAUUCUAAUUUUUUCUUUCCGCAAUAUCGUUUGGGCGAAUAAAAAAUGUCUCCCGUGAGACGAUCGGAAAAUGUACAUACGUAUAAUAUAUAAUAUGUAUAUGUGUAUUAUAUAUUCAUUACAUUGAACGGGGCAUUCGCAUCGCGCUAUAUUAUGUACAAUGCAUACACGCGCUACGUACGUAGACACGACGACGACGACGACGACGACGACGUUCUGCGUAUACGGCCGCGUAGUUUUAUUUUGUCUCGCAGUCGUAUCGCGCUGCAACAAAAACACCCUAUAUCCAGAUUUUAGUCGGUCCGGAAAAAUAUCAACUUUUACCCCCGCGGACAUUCGCGACAUUUCCGUAACUUUCUAGUAAAAAAAAAAAAACUACGCGUAUAGGCCGGGGCCUAUUUUUGUGUGUAAUACCGAAACAGUUGUGUGUAGUACGAAAUCGCAAAAACGCGUACGGGAGUGUUACAAAAAAAUAUUUCUAAACUGUGUUUUGUUGUUAUAGUAUUUUUAUGUUUAUUAUUUAACAAAUUUAAAAUAAGAAUAUCAAAGAUAUUUGAUCAAAUACACAGUAGUUUAAAAUUUGUUAUUUAUUAUUAUGAUGUUUUAAAACUUUUUAUCUCAAUGCUUGUUAGAAUUAGUUUGCCGACUUCGAAUAAUGAAUUAAACCCAGAGGAACGUUAUUUAAACAAAUAUGUUGAAUGAAUAAUGUAUAAAUAAAGUACAAACUAGAUGAUAUUAUGUAAUAUAUUUUUUUUUUUAAAUUUACUUCUUACAUUACCCAUACAUUUCUCCUUGAUAAAGUUUAAACCUGGAGAUAUUUGUUUAAAAAAAAAUUAUUGUAAACUACUCUAUAAAUGAUAGAAAAAUUAGUGAAAUAACUGUGUUUAAAGGUAUGGAUGCAAAUUUUAUUUUGUGACCGUGGAUUUACGGUCUAAACUAAAAAGUGUGUAAUACGAAAUAUUAAAAAAAAAAUAAGCCUCGGUAUAGACGCGGUGUAGAUACACUCGACUCGGCUCCUUCGUGUCUUAUAUAUAGGACGCGUACGACUGAUACGACUGGUGUUUACAUCCAAUCGCAUACGAGAACCGCGCGUUAUAACGUUGAAUCCUCCGCGAACAACAAAAAGUUAAAAACGACAUUUUAUUAUCGCACAAGUUCGCGCCGUUUUGCGUAUUCCGAUAGGUAUGAUGUAUUAUAAUGACUAGAUUUAAACUCGGGUGUCUCCGGAAAUUCGUAAUACUCGACCACGACGAAACAAUCAAAAGGUGAAAUUAUUAUAAUUAAUAUAUAUUACCGAUGUUAGAACAAUACCUGUACAGCAUUAAUUUAAAUCGCAUGACGCAUUAUUUCGAUUUUGUAGAAUAAUGUGUAAUAAACCGAAACGGUUUCGAUUUGAAUUUUGUAUUUUUUAUUUAUCUAUACUCAUUUGAUUUCCAGAAAAAGCAAGUACGUCUUCGAAUCUAUUGGAAUGUUUAUCGAUAAUCACGAAAAUAUUAAUGGGCAUUGCUCAUUCUGUAUACACGUUUGUCCAAUUGAUAUUUACAACUAUAUAUCCAGUUGAAAAAUCGCUGAAAAAUAACGUCAUACUCGUGAGUAUAUACAAAUUUCAAAAACUACGUGUAUACAUGUGUACAGGGUCUUCCGAAUUUCAUGUUGCAGUCAAAAUUUCAAUGAAAUACUUAUUUUUAUUUUAUUUCUUUUUCUCGUGACAUUUAUGUAGUUUUUUGGAAUAAAAUCAUACGCUAAAAUUUGUUGAAAUUUGUGAAAUCACCAACUAUUUUUGAUUUUUAAAUAGCAAUCUAUAUUAAUUAUUCAAUAAAUAUAUGAAGUUUUAGUAAAAAAAAUACAUUUUAGUGUUGAUAUAUUUAAUUUCCGCCAAUUUUAGAAUAUAAAUUAUUUCAAAAAAUGUAUACAUAAAUCAUUUUUUUUUUUUUAAAUAAGUAUUAUACGAGAAAUUUAAUUGUAACAUAAAAUUCUAAAGACUAAUAUAAUAUACUCGCAAUAUUGUUGAACGGUGAACUAUUUGUCUUUUCAAAGCACAGGCUCUGCAGUGGUUAAAAUUUGAUAAAUUAGCUAUUUUUUUUUUUUUCAUUAAAUAUAUUAAUUUCAUUGAUUCUAUGCAACGUUUCUUGAAAUUUCAAUACAUAUUUUUAUAUUAACACCGUAUCAUAUCGUACGAAAUAUUCUUUAACCCCGAAAUGAUAUUUUUUUUUUUUUUUUUAUGCGAUACAAAUUUUCGCAAACCAGCUCAUUGACUGACCGAUCAUUGAGGGAUAACUCGCCCCGCAAUUAGAGCUACACAACAUAGUCUCGUGUGUUGUAAGUCGUGCGCUUAUUGACGUUUUACAAGUGCUUUUUUUUGUGAAUUCUAGGAGCAUUUAAAUCCGGUCUCUAUUUAUAACAAUUAAGUCCGGUUUCUAAAAUAACGUAACAUCCGGGCGCGUUGCAGGUAACGGGAGCCGGUCGGGGACUGGGCCGGGAGAUGAGCAUGCAACUGGCCAAAGAGGGCGCUAAAUUAAUUUGCGUGGACAUAAACGCGGACGGCGUCAAGGAGACGGCGGACGCGAUCAACGACGGCUGGGCGGGCCAGGGCGCGGUGGCCGACUAUUAUACGACCAACGUGGCCGAACCGAGUGAGGCGAACGAGCUGGCCAGGGCCGUGGAAGAGAAAUGGGGCCGGGUGGACGUGCUGAUCAACAACGCGGGGAUCGUGGCCAGCGCUCCGAUAAUGGACGCCACCGACGAACAGAUCCGGCGCAUGGUCGACGUCAACCUGGUGUCUCACUUUUGGGUGAGUGUACCGGUAUGGUUAUAUUGUCUGCCUAGAGCCAACGUCCGAUUUCCAACGAGAUUGAGUAAUUAUCGGAUUUAUAUUUAUUGCGCACGUCAUAUUGGAUUCAGGAAGACAGGUAUUACUUGUUUUAAUUGAACGCAUUACGAAUAAUAAAACCGUUAAAAAUACGGAAUGCUGUUGGCUGUCCGAAAACGACGGUUAGAUAAUGUUACCUUUAAUCGUGCCGGUAACGCAGACUAAUGAUAACAGAUUUAACAAAAACCUAAGAAAUUCAGCGUUGAUAAUUAAGCAUUAUUUUAUUAUCUAUGGAAAUCGAGUGAGUAAAAUUGUUUAGAUUCUGAGUGGAGCGAAGAAGUUUACGGUUUUACAGAGAUGUUUAUUUUUAUUUUUUUUCGUUCUGUGUACAACUUCUCUAUCAGAGAUCUUGCUCCGAUUUUUAUGUGUAGCGCCUUUCCUGAACGGAAAUCGGUGUGGAUAGGUACUUUAAGAAGAUCAUUUUUCGAUUUCAUCAAGAAUUUCCUCAUCAAAUGUAAAAAUCGAAAACUGAGAAAAAACGGAAAAAUGUACGAAUAUUAGUAUCAUAUCUGUAUACUAUUUACAUAUUAGUAAAAUAUUACAAUUUUUUUCUUCUGUAGACAACUUUUCUACUAGCAAUUUUGCUCCAAUUUAUAGUAAUAACAAUUUUUCUAAAAGGAAAUUUCACUGGGGAGGUACUUUUGAGAGGUAAUUUUUCAAUUUUCUCAGUAUUCCUAGCAAAUGUGAAAAACUGGGGAAAAAACAUAGGAAAACAAGGAAAAUCGGUACAACAUUUAAAUAUUAUUAAAGAAAAUAUAUAAAGCCUGUUUAAUUAUUUUACUACAAUAUGCCAUACAUAUUGUUGACAAAGCAUCACUAUCAACUGAACUUCUCUCAGAAUCGUUUUUUCGUAAGCAAUUGUUUAUUGUUGCUCACAGGUACAUUACAUAUAAUAUAACAGUAGCUGCAUCCGUCCCCAUUAUCCUAGAACGUCUUUUUAAGGAUGAACACACAGCUAACAUAAAAGUUGACCGCUUAUUCUGCAGCUCGAUCUGGCGGUGACUACAAAACCAGACUCGUUUUUAUUCAACGGCAUCUAGGUUUUUGGUAUCGUGACAAUACGUUAUACACAGAACGUUAAUUCUAUACUAUUCCCUUGUGUUCACUACAUUACGAUAUCAAGUUUAUAUGCUGUUCGACGGUCAGGGGCGUGUACAAGAGGCGUAUACAAUGGGGGGGGGCAAUAGGGGCGAUCGCCUUCAUCACCUAAAAACUACAAUCAGAUAUUCUUACAAUAACCGAUAUGAAUAAAUUAACUACAAAUAAUAUACUAAAAAAUAUUAUUUAAAAACGCCAAUUCCAAAUAUACAAUAUAUUUUGUACAACAGAUUAUUUUAUACUAUUCUUUAUAAGGUUUUUCUAGCAAUUUAUUAGAAAAAUUAAAUAAAUAUACAUAGAUAAACAGAUUUCCAACAAAAGUAGGCAAUAAGCAAUAAUACACGUAAAACGUGGUUUUGAAUAACCACCUAAUUAUUUUUGCGAUUUUUUUAAAUGUAUUAUAUUAAUUUACAAUGGGAUUUUUUUCCGUACCUUCUUUUCAAUACUUUUAAAGCCAUUUUCUUAAGAUGGCAAUAACUGUAUAUUUUCCUUGGGGCUUUUUUUUCUUUGUCUGGGCUUAUUUUUCCUACGUCGGGGUUAUUUUUCCCCGAGGCUUUAUUAUCCUCGAUUUCUAAUAAUAGUUAUCAAAGUGGGUAGAAAUCUAUUAUUCAAGUUUUAAGCAAGCGAAACGAAAAUUCUGAACUGCCGAUCUAUUUAUAAUCUGUAACACUGCCAUUUUUAGGCAUGAACUUUUAUAACUAAUAAUUUAUAAGUACGAUUAAAGUUCGAAUUUCGCCUCCCCCCCCCCCCUUAGAAGAUGGGCUAAAUACACUCCUGCCGACGGUCGUUUAAAUAUCCGUGAGGUCUUGCAUGGUUCAGCCGUCCAAUUAGCCGUAUGGUGAACAAGUCCACUUUCGAACCUUGACGUUGGUUCUCAAUGUGCGAUCUUGCGUGUUGGGAGUGGUUCAGUGUCAAAUGUGUAAACGGCAGGGGAAAAGGCCGCAACAAGGUUUGUCGGACAUGCCUCCCGCGCUGCCCUCCGCUCUACUCCCCUUAAAUGUUAGGUAUCCCAAAAGCUCUGUGACACGACCCGGGCGUGCCGGGUGGACGAAAUCGUCUUUUCGUCCGGGUUCCCUCGUCACGGCUGCUCCGAACGUGAACUUCCCGAUCACCGAAGAACUUUUGCAGUCUUUUUCAAAAUUCAUUGUCGGAUUUAGCAGACGGAUUUUUCAAUAUUCGAAAUCGCUCGAAAAUGCAUAUAUAUUUAUACGUGUUGCAUACAUAGCGUUUCGUUACACGCCGUCCUUCGUUUCCUAUAUUAUUACAAAACAAUAGACGCGGGAACGUUUAGAAAUAUGAAAAUGCGGAUAUUUGUCUGCGGCGGGACCAUAUUAGAUUGGUGUGGGCGCGCGCGCGGGCGUUAUUAUUAUUAAAGGUAGUCGAACGCGGUGAAUAAAUAAAAAAAAAAAAAAAAACGUAGGUAGGCAUACGUACAUGUAUACUUGCUCGGGGAUACAUUAAAUUUACAUUUCCAAAACGGAACGCGUGACGUCCAGAGAACGCGCGGCGUAACUAUUUUUCGGCGCCGCGGUGUUUUCCGUACCGAGAGUCCCGCGGCCGCCGUAAAAGAGAAGAAAUAGAAAGAAAAAAAAAAAAAAAAAAAAAAAAAUAAUAAAUAAAUAUAAAUAAAAACGUACCCGCAGGAAUACGGCGGAAAUAAGAGCCCGCGAAACGGAUACCGGGUUGUAUUGUACGCAACACACAUUUACGCCGCGAAAACAAAACCGCUAUGAUAUACACCGUGUACGCUGUUGCGCGGUGUUUAAAUCCCAACGGCCGCGUUCGGGAAAACGCCCGCUCCUCGCGCUCCUCCGCGGCGAAACCGCACACGCGAGUCACGGCGUCGCCCGUAAAACCGUAUGCGUAACGUAAAUAUACGGGCUCCCGGCCGGCCGUAAUUUCGAACGCGCACAAUAUGCACGGCGACACCCGCGUGCGUUACACCUGUGCGCGCGCGCGCGCGCGCGGUAUUAUACAGGUGCGAGGGCCGUAAGACGGGGAAAAAAAAACGGCGCCGUCGGUGCGUAUUAACGUUUUCCCCGACGAGCGCCGGUAUAAAGUUAAAAAAAAAAAAACAAUGAAAAACGACACGACUACGGGGAAGACGGGGAGUAUAGGAAAAAAAAAAUAAAUAAAACGAUUAAUUACGGAGUUUCCUGUUACUAUUUAAACGCGUUUACACCGCACGCCCGCGCCUUUUCCCGACAAUAUUAUAACGCCGUCGCGGGUGUCCGCGUAAUAGUAAUUUUUUGCGGGCCCUUACGUUUCGGGAGCGAAACCCCAACAGACACCGACCAACUUUUGAUUUUCGAAUUGCACGCUGUAUUAAAAGUUCCACAAAUGGAUGGAGUAUUUAUUAGUCGAAAUAAAUUUCGGUGUUGACACUUUCGAUUUCUGUCAACCCGUUGACGAGAUAUUUCACUUUUGAGUUUGGGUUGGGGCACAAUGGCGGUUAAUGUUGACACGCCGUGCGCCGUACCGUCACACAAAUGAUAAUGCGUCACUCUCCUCCAACCGCAAAUUAAAAGUGAAAUAUCUCGUCAACGGAUUGACGGAAAUCAAAAAUGUCACCAAUAAAAUGUAUUUUAAUAAUACUCCAUUUAUCUAUGGAAUUUUUAAUAUACGUUUGCCAGUUGAUAAUCAACGGUAGAUAGUGGUUUUGCCCCUUAUAAAUAAGGGUGACAUAAAAUAACACGCGUUUAAAAUUGUAGAACAGCUUGUUUCUUAAAUGUUCUGGAAAAUAAAUUCCGGAAAAAGUUAACAGUUUCCGAGAUAAUGACUACCUUAUGAUAGAUUGAUCACUCCGUAUAAUAUUAUACAUUACCGUAUGCCUAACCUGAACUACAUGGUGAUUCGUUUAACGUAAAACUCUCGUUAAUUCGCUUAGUGUUGUAUUUAGUUGAAAACUGCGAGUUUAUUUUUUUAGAUUCCGAGCGUAACGAGGGAGCUAUUGGUUUUACAAUGCUGUUUAUUUCUUUCUUCCAUUUUUUCUUCUAGUCUGUGGACGCGCUUUUUCAUAAGUAAACUUGCUCCGAUGCAUAAGCACUCUUUCCGAAAGCUCAAGUUGUUUAGAGAAGUCCGGUACAAUAUUAAACAAAUAUUAUUAACAAAAAAUACAUAAUGCAUAUGUAAUUAUUUUAUCAUAAUAUGACAUAUAUAUAUAUUGUUGACAAAGCAACACUAUCAAAUAAACUCCGCCCAGAAUCGUUUUUUCGUAAACAACGGUUUAUCGUUGCUUACAGAUAUCUAUUGAAUUUCCCCUCUUCUACCUUCCCAACUUCUCACCUACCACGGUAUCCAACCCACGUGUCAAGUAUGUCCGUUAUUUUAGAUUCCAUGCAUAGCGAGGGAACUAUUGGUUUUACAAUGCUGUUCAUUUUUUUUUCUCUGUUCUAGUCUAUGGACACGUUUUUUCCUAGUAAACUUGCUACUAUGAUUUCGACGCCAUUUUAUAAAUAAAAGCACUUAAGUGGGAAAAAACUAUUUUAUUAUUUUAUAAAAACACAGACGACGUUUUCAACCAGGAAAAAUAAUUUAAUCGAAAAAUUACAAAAUACCUUUUUUAUUGCCAUUUCGAUUUACUUUCUUACAGUAUCAUCGCUAAAACUUUUGAGCGAAAAAAAUUAAGGCACUUCAAAUUAUGUAUUACUAAACUGCACUCGGAAUUGUCUUUCGUCAAGCAAUGGUUUAUCGUUGCUUACAGAUAUAAAUGAAAUAACCUUAUGUAUCCUACUUUCCCAAUUUCUCACCUACAACAGUGGCCGUUGUCCCAUCACUAGUAUCAACUCGAUUUUUUUUUUUUGCUUAUCUAUCCGUUUCUAUGAAAACAAAUAGUGUAAAUUAGGCACUACGUAGAUGGAGCUCAAUAUAACGUUCGUGUAAUAACUGAACGCAUUCGAAUGCCCUUCAAUUGAAUGAAUAUUUAUAAAUGUUACACUAUAUUUAUUAUGUAUCCGGGACUCGAGACAUUUAAAAUCCACAAAAAAGCGCUUAAAAACGUCAAAAGAGCCUUGAACAUUUUUUUUUUUUUUUUUCAUAAAUAAAAAUUACUAAAAGAUUCACUGGAGUUUCACUCUCCCCCCCAACCAAUUUAAACCAAUUUAACUCAUCAAAUGCAAUAUUCUAGAACUAUAAAAUGACUAACAUAAAUUUAUUUUUAUAAUACUUACAAUUUUAUUUAAAAACUUGGGUUAAUCAAUAUUCCUAAUCGGAGAAAGUUUACUAAGAAAAAACUUGUCCACAGACUAGAAGAAAAAAAAGAAAGAGUGAAAGAAAUAAACAGCAUUGUAAAAUAAAUAGCUCCCACGCUACGCUAGGAAUCUAAAACCUAAUUUUAUGAACACUAACUUCACAACUUCCCACCAACAACAACGUCACGCAUCAGCAAUGUCAGACCUUUUAGAUUCCAAGGGAGCUUUGGUUUUACAAUACUGUUUUCUUUUUCUUUGUUCUAGUCUGUGGACACGUUUUUAUUUUCAAAUAAACUUGCACCGAUUUUUACGUGUAGCAACUUUUCUGAAAUCUCAAGUUGUCUGAAUUGUACCUCAGAGAAGAAAAAAAUUAUCCUACAUCGUACAAGUUGAAAGUUUGAAACCCCAGUACCAACCCAGUCAAAUUUCAUUUCAGGAAAAGCAGACCGAAAUAAAUUUUUUUUAGAAAAGUUGUUCACGGAAAAAAAAAACAUAUCAUUGUAAAACCAAUACAUUCCUCGCUCUGCUCAGAAUCUAAAACAUAACAUUAUGUAUAAACCAUACAAAUUAGUUUUGACUACGAGAAGCAGUAGCAACAUCAAUAAAUGUAAAAUGCCUAUAGAACAAAAAUUUCUGAAAAAUAUUUUAAAUGUUUACAAAAUAAAACAAAUUUCUCAGUAGUAAAUCAAUGAUCCAAAAUGAAAAUAAUAGAAUAAUUAGUUUCGCGGGAUUUCCCGUUCUUUUUACAUUUUUUCUCAGUCUUGCUCCAUUUUUACGAAAACUGCACGGGAUAUUAAAAAACUAACAAAAUUCAAAAUACAACAAAAAAAUCCUUAACGUUUUUGAUAAGAGCUAUAUAUUUCCGUAAAAAUUAAUUUUCACUACGAGUGGCAAGGAACAUGAAAAAAGGGAAGAGUAGGAAAGGACAACAAACGAACAAAAUGAGGAACAAUUACGAAAAAUAAUUUUAGGUACCAGGAGUGCAUGUAGUACGACUUCGUUUGCACCAUUCGGUGUACUGCAAUCCGGGAUGUGUGGCCGGCGGCGGUGGUAGUGUCUAUAUGACAAGCGGAUUUAUAUUUUAUUAAAAAUUUUAAUAUACAUAUACUUGUAAUAAUCUCUAAAAAUAAAAUAUGCAAUAGUGUUUUUAUACCAAUUAAUUCACUUUACAACAAAAUAUGUACUUAUAUGCAAAACAAAUUGAAUAAAUAAUUACAAAAUCAAGAACAGUAUUGAAAUAAUAAAAAAUUAUUUAUUUUUUUUAGAUCAUUUUUUCAAUAUUUUACUUGUAAAUCAAAGAACAAAAGUCACAAAAUAUAAAAAAAAAUACUUGUUCAUUUGAAUAGACAUUGAAUACAAAACGAUACUCGUGAUCACAACAUGUGAUAAUUGACGCGGUAACAAAAUAUUAUCGAACUUUAUCGUUCUUUUUACGUUUUUCCUCGGUCUUUUUCAAUCCAUAACAGAACACGAAAUACCAAAACGAUUAGAGAUAUAUUUAUUGUAGAAAACAUAAACUACACAAAUUAGUUUUGACUACGAGUGGUAAAGAGCAACAAAAUGAAGAGUCGGAAAGGAUAGCUGAGUUGCCUGAAAAAUGAUUUUGGGUACCAGGAGUACAUGUGGAACAACGUCGACGCACUACUCUACCGUGGUAGAAAUAUUACGUUAAACUAUCGUACGACGUACCUAAUAAUAGGCUCUUAUUUUUGUUUACAAGAAAUUUUACAAGAAAUCUUACACCGAAGUAUCAAGUAUAGCACUUUUUGGAUGGAAAUCUGACUGGUGUGGUACUUUAGGAAGGUCAUUUUAAAUUUUCCAAAAAAUCGAGAAAAACCGUGAAAAACGGAAAAAUAGAUACAAUAUUAGACAAAUAAUAUCAAAGAAAAUAUAUAAUGCACAUUAUGUAAUUAUUUUACAAUAAUAUGUGACAUAUAUAUUGAUUAUUGACAAAGCUGUUGCUAUUCACAGAACUUCACUCAGAAUCGUUUUACGUUAACAAUGGUUAAUCGUUGCGUACAGAUAUAAGUACAUUAAAUUUUCUUUCUACCUUCCCAACUUCUCAUCUACAACAGUGUCCCACUUGCGAAGUAUGUCCGUCUUUUGUUUUGCUAUUGUUAUUAUUUAAUUUUGAAAAAUCGUAAAGAUCUGAUAUUUUUACCAAAUAUACUUAUAAGACGCGAUGCCUACCAAUAAUUUCCAAACAUUCUGCGGACUUUUGAGCUAUUAACCUUGCUGUUGAGCUUCUCAAAAGUGCUUAAAAGUUUGGUAUAAGGUUCACGUAAAAUUGUUUAGUGAACUAUAGCACUAUACACAUAUUCGUAAUAACGAUUUUAUUUUGUUUACAUAAAAACGUAACCUAAUAAAUUAUUAGGUUAUUAGUUAUAAUUAUAAGUUAUUACUAAGGUCUAAGGUUAGAUUAUUACUUAUUACUAAUAACAGUUAUAACCAAACAACCUAAUCGAUUUUUAUAAUGCAGAUGAUACGCGCAUUUUUGCCGGCUAUGAAGAAACGCAAUGACGGCCACAUUGUGGCCACGUCCUCUGUAGCCGCAUUCACGUGUGCAGCUAAUAUUGUCCCUUACGCAGCCACCAAAUACGGCGUCACAGGUAAAUUAUCCAACGAAAACAUUAUGAUACAGGAAUACAGUUUCCGUUUAAUGAUCUAUUACUUUUUUUUUUUUUUUUUUAUACAUAACUAUUUAUUUAUCACUAAUUAUUUGAAAUAUAGGUCUGAUGGCCAGUCUCAGAGAAGAGCUCAGAUCCGACCCGUCCGUCGCUAACAUAAAGACUACUACCGUCCAUCCGUUCUUUUUGGACUCAUCCCCGAUAAACGUGAAACACUGGGAAGUCAAGUGAGCGUACCUUAAAUUAUACGUUUAAUGACAAACGCAUUUUAAACAAUAUUUUUGUACCCUAUAUUGUACGGAAAUCCGUUUGAAUCGUAAUUAACUUUUGACUUUCUAAAUAGAAAUUUGAUACUCACUACAUGUGAUAGGAUAAUUGUGAACAGUUUUUUUUUUUUUUUUUUUUUUUUUUUGCGAAUGCUUUAGCUGCAUCUGGAGCAGACACGAUGUAUAUCUUUGGUUCCUAAUUAGAAGAGCCUUUUUGAGUUUUUUUAUUUUAAUUUUGUCAAUUGAAAUUUUGGUCUAAAUUGCAUAAGUGUACUUAUGUACCUAGUACAAAAAAUUAUGUAGGUAUGCAUUUAAUAUAUAUUCGUGUACAAAUUUAUGUAUGAGUGAAUAUGUUUUCAAAAUUGAAUUUGCUAUAUUAAAAAUUGAAAACAAAAAUAAUUAAUGUUUUAUCAUUAAUUUUAACCCUUCUUCCCUGGGGAUAAAGAUAUACAGGGCGAUUCAUUAGACAUGCCCACUCCAUUUUAGAUUCUGAAGGUAGCGAAGAAUCUAUUAGUUCUACAAAGAUGUUUAUUUCAUUUUUCUUUUUUUUUUAAAUGUGAACACUUUUUCGACCAGAAAACUCACUCCGAGUACGGUAUACGAUGUAGAGACUUUUCUGAAAAGAAAUUUUCUUGGGAUGGUACUUUAAGGAAUAAUUUUUUGAUUUUCUCGGCAGUUUUUCCAAUAAAACGGAAAAAGUGAAAAAAAAACAGGAAAGUGUACGAUGUAUAUGUAUUAGUAAAAUACUAAUUUUUUACUUUAAAUAUUAAUAUAUAUUUUUUUAUUAUAUAAAUAUUAAUACUUUUUUUUCUGUUCACAACUUUUCUACCAGCAAUUUUGCUCCGAUUUAUAAUAAUACCACUUUUUCUAAAAGGAAAUCUGACUGAAGCGGUUCUAUAGGGAGGUCAAUUUUCAAUUUUCCCAAAAAAUGUGAAAAACUGGGAAAAAAAAUGGAAAACCGGGAAAAACGUAGAAAAACAGGAAAAUCAGUAAAAUAAUAAACAAUUAUUAUUAAAGAAAAUGUACAAUAUCUGUUAUUUAAUUAUUUUAUCAUAUACGUAUAUAUAUAUUGUGGACAAAGCAUCACUAUCAAUUUAACUCCACUCAGAAUCGUUUUUAGUAAGCAAUGAUUUAUCGUUGCAUACAAUUUCAAAUUAAUUUUCCCUUUAUAUCCUAUACCAUUCCAACUUCUCACCAACAACAGCGGUUGCACCCACAUGCGAAAAAUAUGUCAGUCUUUUUUUUAUGAUUCAGAUUUUGAUUUUUGGAAUUUUUAAGUGUAGUUAAAGCCGAUAUUUUCAAGUACUUAGAUUUUUCACAACAUUUAAGGAGUACCUGUGGUGAUACUAGUAUUGGUCCAUAUAUUUAAAAAUAAGUUCACAUUUAAAAAAACAAAGUUAGUAAUUUGGUUUUGCCACUGGAUACACCUUAAAUGUUAUGAAAAAUCUAAGUAUUCGAAAAUAUCGGCUUCAACUACCUACACUUAAAAAUUCCGAAAAUCAUAAUUUGAAUACAUGUAAUACGCAAAAUUUAACCAAAAAAAUGGAUCAUGCACGCUCAAUGAAUCAUCCUAUACAUACAUAUACACGGCCCAUAAGUUAUUUUAUAUUUAGAAUUUUUACCUUGAAUUAUCUAUUUUGUUCGUUCUAAAGGUCCGCCAUGCCAAUAGUGUCUAUACCUCAAGUUGCCAGCGCUGCAAUAAGAGGCAUCAAAAGAGAGUACGCGGUCGUAACGGUCCCAGAAUUAUUAAGAUUUAUUAUGCACGUAGUCUGGUAAGAAAUAAUUAUAAUUUGUAUUUUGAUUUAUGUUAUUUUAAUAAUAACAGGCAAUACCCAUUAUCUAAAAGUUCGAAAUACUGAUAUACCUAUAGGAAUAUUCUUUUCAAACGAUUACCUACAUAAAUAGGUAAACACAAUUACUUCUGGUACUUACUUUCAAUAUUAAAUUUUCUUGUUUAUUAAUUGGACUAUGCGUAGCACGUUCUUAAUUUAAUGUUCAUUAUAAAUAAAAUGAAACAUAAAACAAUUACAUCAUAGCACGCAUAACAAAACAUGAUUGCCAGUUUCCACUAGUUAACUACACUAUGAUUAUGUGUGACAAAAAUGUUCUAGGAGUUUUCAGAUUCAAAAAAUGAAUUUAGAUUUUCCAGCGCCUAAUUUCAUUAACAAAAAAAAAAAUCUGAAUCUAAAAAAAUGAUGUAACACAUUACACCUGUAAAUUUUAAAAUGUUAUAGCUGAAGGAGCUAUAACAUUUUAAAAUUUAAAUCAGUUGUAUUUUCUAUUCGAAACUGUGUUGAAAAGGGAGUUAUCCAAGUGUACACUUCUAUUAUAAGUGUAAUAGAUUAAUAGGUACCUACUGUAAAAUAAGUACUUAUUGGCUAUAGCCUAUUAAUUUAAGGUAUAAUGAUUAAGGGUGUCAAUUUGAACUAAAUCAUAGUAAAAUAAUCACUGUGUAUUUAUUCAAAAUAUGCUUCUUGUUGCAGGAUUUUGCCACAAAAAUCAGCAGACUAUUGGCGAGACACGUUUAGUUCACAGAUUAAUAAAGCUUAAUUUUGUAUAUAAUUUUUAUAUUUGGUGUUUAUUAAAACUUACUAUUAUUUUCCUAUCUAUCUACCUAACAAUAAUCAUUGGGGACAAAACUUAUACUGAUUUGUAUUAUUUAAAUACUUAUGUUUGUAGUUUAUAUUUCUACAUAUUGUCAGUUUUCCAAAAAAGACAAAUUACCAGUACCUACAUUUUUGAAAAAAAAUUCUUUCAAAUCUUUGUAAACAGAAAAAAAAAAUUAUUUUAUA